AUGACCGAACGGACGGUGGCGAAGCAAUCGCGUGCGGCGCUUGAUGACGAUGAUAUCUCUAUCACUUCCUCCCAGAGCGAGCAGUAUUCUUCAGACCAGGAAUUUCUGGUCGACAGGAUCUUGGCUGAGAAGAGGGAGACGGAUGGCAAGUUGUACUUUCUGAUACUCUGGGCUGGCUAUCCGGAGGAGAAGUCCACGUGGGAGCCAAAGAAAAAUAUCCAGGACCGUGAUAUCCUCAAAGCAUGGAAACGUCGGAAGAAACUCGAAACGCGAGGAGUCAAGCCAGCUUUCAAUCUAGCCAGGUUCAAUGCUCGGGUUGCGGAGAUAGCCAGGGAAAAGGCUGAUCGUCAUCGGCGUCGCAAGGCUAAGAGAAGACGGUUGGGUAUACCCGUAUCACCCUCCGAAUCAUCUGAGCCCGAGAAUGAUCAUCAUGACGAUGACACUGAUUCUACAGAAGCUAUGGAAGUGUAUGAACCGCCGGAAGAUGUUCCAGAGACUACGAGAAGAGCAAACCUACCUGCCCGAAAGCCGGCACGUAAUCAGCAUGUUGGCAAUGUUGAGAGAUCGUCCGGUGUAGCAUCGGCUCCUAGACGGAGGGGUAGUAACCAGCAGGACGUUGAGAGCGACUCUUCAGAUGAUGCUAAUGGCCUCUUUGUUGGAGACAAGAAACGUGCCAAACAGAAAGCCUUGCAAUCCUUACUGGAAAAGCGCUCCACGCGGAAAGGCCCACAAGCAUCUGACAAGGCAGAUCGAGGCCAAGCUGUUGCAAAUGUACCCUUGAAUCCCGUGGCCGACCAGCAACGGCAGCAGCGAGAAAGGUCUUCAUCACCUGAGAUGCCUUUAGCUCAACAGCGCCAAGGCCAAAAUCGAGAAGCACCCGCACCGCGGCCUGGUGUUAGCGAUCCUCCAUGGGCCACAAAUGCAUCCCCCGGAGGACCAUCCGCAAGCAUAACUGGAGAUCCAGCUACUCGCGGAGUUUCGUCUGCAAGCAGGGGAAAAGGUGCUACACGAGGAGGAGCCCUUGCAUCUAGAAAUGUGUUCUCAAUUCGUGGCUCAGCGAAGAAGAGACCCACUCUCAUCGAAGUAUCUUCGGAUCCUAACAAAGAACAAAAGCUUUACACAAAUUGGCACAUCCGCCGAAAAGCACAGCUUGCCGCUCGGGACAUGGCAGAUGCUGCACCAGAUCUUUCAGCUCUCGGUGGUCUAUUCGACCCCUCAAAUCCUUCUUCACUCCAGCCUUUAAAGCCGGCAACUUUGCGGAAGGCUUCAUUUCCAAAUCCAAAGCUACAGGAGUCAGAUACCCGGCGGCCAUCUAUAGAAGUGGACGGACAACCUGAGAUCUCCGACCUUGGAGAAGGUCCAACAAGAAUUGAAAUGCCUCUUAGCAUUGCUAACCCAACCUCAGCCCCCGGCGAGCCAUUGACUUCUCAUCCGCCAAUUAGACCGGCUUAUGUACAUGAACGACACGGUGCUGAUGCCAUAUGCUACUUUUGGUAUAACAGAGGAAGUUGCUCCAAGGGCAUAAAUUGUCCCUUUCUUCACUCUGAUGACGCCAGCUUACCUAUUGCCCCUGCGCCGAACAAAAAAGCGCAGGAAAUAACUGAGCUUGAAAAGAAUAAGGCUCAGCAAUCUGAUGCUUCUUUACCAUCUAAUACUCCUGAUAAACGGCCAUCGCACCUUGAUGAGGAACGUAGAGAGCGUCAAAAAGAGAGGGAAGACGUGGUUGUCCACCACACUCCACAAUCCAAUAGUUCUUUGCUUCCAGAUCCUUCAACUAGUCCAACCUUGAAAGACAACCCUACAAGAUCGCUCAGAAAAGAGUCCUCGAGUAGGCCGCCAUGGAAUGAGCGAGAUCCUUUCAAUUCAAUAUGCCAUUUUUGGCACACCACAGGCAAAUGCAAAAAUGGAUCAACAUGUAGAUAUCUCCAUACUGAAGAUGGCAACUUACCUGUGGCUCCUAAGCCGACAGGUAAGUCAGAAAAGACCUGCAGAUUUUGGAUAAAAGGGGGUUGCUAUGCGGGCAGUAAAUGCGAGUACAAACACCCCUCAGAUUUGACUACAGUCAAGGAUUCAAUACCAGCUAGAAUUCCCGAGCCCUCGCCUCAAGUCGCCGUUUCAAAGGCACCUCGGAAAUCCGUCUCUUUCGCAAUUGACAAGCCGGAGCAUAGACCAGAGACCCCUCCCGAAGAAGCAAGGAAUCUUAUCUCUACAAGUUCCAAGAAAGGGCUGCCGCCAGAACUCAGAGAACGCUAUGAUAAAACCUGUUCUUUCUGGGCAAGAAAUAAUUGUCAUCAUGGUGAGAAUUGCUGGUAUAACCAUUUUCAUGAGCGUGAUAGGCCAAAGGAAACGAUGGUGCAAUUGCAAAGUCAGGACGAAACCCCAAUCGACUUGACUCUGGGAAACCACAUCCAUGAAUCAAGGGAACAACAGGCAGAUACAAGCAGCUCCCUCAGACAAACUCAACGCCAUGGAAUAAGUGAAUCCGCUGACACUUCCCCAAAACCGAUCUACCAAGAAGCUCCACCACCACUUAGUAAGGAAUCUUCAGUUCCUAAAACAGGAACCAUUCCACCUCCCCAAGAAAAAGGAGCAAUGGAUGUCGCACUCGGAAGCAGAACUAAAGAGCUCAUCUUGGGUAAUGACGAGCCCUUGUCUAUUAUUGUUGACUUUGAAGACAUUGGUGACGCACUACAACAACCCUGGGGUCAAUCAUUUUCAGCUAUUCAGAGACUUCACUUUCUCAAGAUGUGUACUGCACAAGAUUUUGCGGCCCAGCGGAGUACUUUAGAAUUCCUCAUGCUUUGGCAUGGGAGCUUUACAUCAAUUACAGACAAGCAGGUGCUGGCAAAGAUAGAUCAUGUUUCACAACAUCUGAGGCUUUGUUCGGGGGGAUUUAUAUCAGCUUGCAAGAACUUCAAUGUUCUUAUCUAUCCAGCAAUGGAGGAGUGGGGAUUUGUUGGAGCACCGACCAACUCCUCUUCACAAGACACAUUGAGAUAUCUCAUCUUUCAAAGCAGCUCGGAGAUUGAGAAACCUCUGGCAUCUAAGGGUUCAGCUCCAACGCUUUAUGGGAAGACAUUGGUCAAAAGCUUACACGGACUCGAUUACAACCAAUUACUCCCCAGACAUAAGAAGGGCCAGGUCUUUCACUUUUAUUUACUAUUUCCUGAAAGUAACAAUCCAACUGCGGAAUUUUUCGCAUCUUGGCUCAGAGCAUCUGACAACCGAUGCAAGAUAUAUAGUAGCCAGAAAAAAGGUUCCUGGGAUUUCUUUGUCAAAAGCCCUGAUAUCGACGCUGGGGUUGUCUUGAUUCACGAAUCUGCAUUGGCCUAUAUUUGCGAAUUGCCUUCACUUUCUCAUCUACUUUCUCCGUCUACUGCCAACAAAAUGUUCACAUUCUGGUGUAUUGGAGACUGCUCAGUUCCAGACGCCUCAACUCUCGGACAAAUCACCGUUACCCGAAUACUUCCACAUGGACACGCUUUUCUUCUCACACCAAGCUUUCUUAUCGCAGAGCCAGAAAGGGCGUAUUACCUCAUUCGAUGGUUUCGGGAGAAACUCAAAAAGUCCACGCCUGGGACUUGGAAGCUCGUUUGUGCACACAAUAUUGCCGACUACUUGCUUGAUCUUGCAGUAGAAAAGUCGUUCGAACGAGAUGCAUUCUGUGAAGAGCAUAAUGAAAAGCCUGCUAAAGAUUCAAUGGCGGCCAAACGUGGUUUAAGCUAUGAGGCAUGUGAGGCCAGAUUUAAGUGCCACGCGGCUAUUUCCGAUAUGCUUUCAAAAUACCUGGACGAAUCUUCAGAUACCUACGAGUCAGAUCGAAUGGAUGGUGAUGACAGUCCGGUUGUUUAUGCCGAUGAAUCAAUAUCACCGGACGAUGAACAGGCUUUAGUUGUCUGGUUUGCAGGAUGGUCUAUUACGAAAUUAGAGCAAUUCCGGAGGUACACUGUUGUUGGGACGAGCCCAUCGAGUUCUGACCGUGCGGUGAGGAUGAAAGAAAUUGCGGUCAUCCAGCCACCUUCUUCAAAGUCCCUAACAAAUCCCGGAACUCCCAUCAGGAAUCCUGAACCAACUAACCAGGCUUCUGUUGCUGAAUCUUUUAUGGAAGCGGGAAAACUCAGGGCACUUGCAGUUGCAGCAAAGCUAAAUUCGUCUUCCCCAAACAAACCGCCAUCUACAACACAUCCAACAACGUCGACGUCAAUACCACCGUCAAAGCCUCCGCUUCAGCCUGUAGGCACUCUUGGGCCAUAUGUUGUGUCUGUCCCAAAACCAAACUCCUCCUCGGAUGCGGCCCCCAAAAGUCCCGCACCUUCGACGAAAGCAACUCUCAUCUCUGUGGAUGGAUCCGCCGAAAUUGAUACCAAUUCCAAUUCCCAAGCUGAUGAUGGUGCACGACGUACUGUCCAGAUAGAUGACAUCGAUGACUCGCGCGACCAAAUGGAUAUCGACGCUCAAGUCCUCGAUUUGAUCGCUAGCGUUCAAGCAGAGGAGGAGCAGCGCCAACUACCGCCUCUCGUGACAGAAGGCCUAGGUAAUUCUGCCGAACCACGUGUACCUCUGUCAGUAGAAUCUGCUACGAAGAGUACAUCCUCUGCAUCCCAACGCGGUGUAAUGAUUUCUGAAUCUUCGCCUCAAACUGGGAUCACGUCUCCCUUCUCACCACCCCAAUUGGAUGGCUCUGGCGACGAGAGACCACAAUAUUCAGGAUCGAACUCUGGGAGAUUCGGGAUUGCAACUGACCAUAAUGGUCGGCAAUUGAUGAGGCCCGACGGUCAUUUUCCACCUGAAGAUAGAUAUCGCGAUCGCCGUACCAUCGAUGGUGUCCUACAAUCUGGGCCCAGCUCACGGCAGUCUCCUGCCUCUGGCGACGCGAUGGAUAUCGACCCGCCUGAAGAAGAGACAAGCAGGACGACUUCAGUCAAUACUUUCUCUAUCCGUGGACGAGCUAGUAGAGAAAAGGGAAGGAAAGAAGCUGGAGAUAGAGUUAAAAAAGAGGUUAGAUAUGAAGUUACGACAGCUUGGUAUGGGCGUUUGAAGGCGGAGGGUAAAGGCUGGGAACAUAUUUAUGUAGAUGGCUGGGAGAAGUGCUUCAGGAACUUGGGGGCUAUGCAGCCUUUGGCAUAA